AUGCAGCUGGCUCAGGGAGCCUUGGUACUUCCGGUUUGCCUCGCAACGCUAUUGGUCUUUGCGACAGCAACGCAAGCUGAGGUCCGCGUCGAGCUUCCAGUGAGCGCUCAGCUCCCCACCAUUGCAAGAUAUGGCCAAUCCUAUUCAUGGUCCUUAGCACCAAACACCUUUGUCGAUCAAAAUGCGACUGCUCCGCUCCAGUACAAUGCUACAGGCCUUCCUGCGUGGGCCCUCUUUGAUCCUGCUAGGCUCUCGAUCUCAGGUACGCCGCCUGCGUCGCCCGCAGCAUCAACGCGCGCAUCUAGAGCGAAUGAUACGGUAACGCUCACAGCGACCAACCCAAAGACCGGCAGCACGGCGUCUACUCCGUUUCAGCUGAUCACGAUGAGCGGCACUGGCCCCGUCGUCAAUAAGCCGCUUGCUGAACAGCUACCCAACAUCACCACGCUUGGAGCUAAAAGUAUCUUGCCUUCGGGCGCCCAGCUGCUGCCUCUUGGUUGGUCCUUCUCACUCGGCUUUGCAGGCGAUACGUUCACCUCGGACAGUCAUCGCGUUUAUCUUUCAGCUGCGCUGGCUGAUGGUUCGCCUUUGCCGAACUGGAUGCACUUUGAUCAGACGGUCACGCUCUGGGGUUUGGCGCCCACCGAUGUGCAUACUGCGGGCAGCUUCUACACGGUCGUAAUUACUGCCAGUGACGUGCGUGGCUAUGCAGGUGUCAACAGCUCGGUCCAGAUGGUUGUCAGUGGUGCUCAAUUCAUUCAAGCAGCACCUUUUCCUACCAUCAACACUACUGCUGGUCAGUCGUUCCAGUCUGCACUGCCUCUUGAUGACAUCGUCGACUCGACCGGAAACCCCGUCAACACAUCCUUGCUGCGUGUGGCUGCCAACACUAGCUCUAUUGGUUCGUGGCUCACUUUUGACGAGGCCUCGCAUACGUUUUCCGGUACGCCGCCGUUCAAUCUGUCCAAUUCGGCACCUGUAUCGCUCACAGUGCCAGUCAGCUUGGCCAACACUAGCAAUCCGGAUGCCUCUCCAGUGCCUGCAUCGGCCCACCUUUCCGUCUACCCCUCGUCCUUUUCAGUGUCCUCUCUACCGGAUGUAUCAGUCUCGCCCGGCAAGUUUUUCCAGCUCGAACUGGGCCAGUACAUCCGCUCGAGUCCGACGCCUCCUCAGCUCACCCUCGAUCCACCUUCCGCAAACGAAUGGCUCCACUUUGAUCCCGCCACGAUGCUGUUGUCUGGUACACCUCCCAAGAGCGGUAUCGAGCGCGUCCAAGUACAGCUCUCGCUCGACUCGACAGACGCUGGCGGCUACCGCAGUAUUUCCACUCAGACGUUUGCCAUCAACCCACUGUCUUCCUCUGGGUCGCCGACGCCGCUUCCGCCUUCGACUCACCGAACGUCUACCGGCUCGCACUCCGCUUCGUCUUCGACCAGCUCGGCAAAUGGCUUCGCUGCGUCCUCUUCGUCCGAUGCUGCCUCCAGCGGUCUCAGCAGUAAAGCCAAGUUCGCAAUCGCAGCCUCUUUGGGCGGUGUUGGUGGUCUUGUUAUGCUGAUCCUGCUCAUGGUGUGCUGCCGCCGCUACUGCGCUGCCGAGGACCGUCACUUUCGGGGUGGGCAUCCGGACGAUGAGCCGUCUGACUUCGAAAAAUCGUACAACGGCCAAGACGACGAUCGAACACUGGCCGACGAGAGAUCUCCGCGCUUUGGAUGGGCGAGUCUGGGUGCAGGAGGUAAGAAGGGCAAGGGCAAGAAGGCAGACGAGGAAGCCAGUCCUUACCUCGAUCCGUAUGCUGCUUUGGCUGCAGCUGGUACGAAUGCGCCGGACCGAUCCCCUUUCUCUGACGCGAUGACGCUGGCUCCUUCGGACGAAGGACAUGAUCGAAGAAUGUCCAAUGGAGACCCUCGUCAGGUCGUCACAACGACGGCCAAUGUUGCGCCAAGAAUAGCAUCCAUCGUGCCUGCACCCGCGUUCACCAUUACGAACCCUUCACCGCUGGCGGUGGAGAAGCCCCGACGAAGCUCGGUGCUCAACCUGUUCAACCGACUGCCCAAAGCGUCCAAAUCUAACCGAUCCAUCAACAACUUCACCGCCGGUGCCGCCUUCCACCCUUCUCAUCGCGAAGAAGGUAUUGCAGAAGAAAACCUCGGCCACAGUUUGCAGGAAGAUCCUUCGGGUCUUGCACGCCCCGUGUCCAUCGGCCUUGGUCUGGAAGGCAUGAUGGAGCGCGACUUGUCACAGAUGACGACAUCCAAGAGCCUUGCCGCUCGCAGCAGCUGGGAGUCGAAUCUCUUCUACGACGAGUCGGCCAAUCGCGGCGCCAGCACCUCGGCGGCGCCCAGCACUCCCGAGCGACGCCGCAGCGAAGCGCUGAGAACAGAGACCCUCAGUCUCGACUCGCCCCUCGAAGUACCAGUGCGUCGCAAGCUCGGGUCUGCUCCAAUGCGACACCGAAAUGCGCACAUCAGCACAUCGCCUGCCUUCAACCUCACGGCCGGAUUCCAAAGCUCGCCCGAACGCGAUGACGAUGGGCCGAGAGAUCGCUCAAGAGAAACUCGCCAUACUGGCUCGGGUGGCUCAGUGGAGUUGGACGAUGCAGUGGUAGGCUACGCGCGCAAAGUCAACGUCGAAGCGUCCGGCACUGUGCCCCCACCUCAGCAGGUCAGCAUCCAACAGGGACAGCGUAAUCUUUCGCAGCAUCUAGAGAACUACAUGCACCAAGCGCCUCGAGGAGCCUCCAUCGACACGACCCGCAGCGGUGGUUCGGCUUCGCAGGCGGCAGCAGUGGCAGACGACGAUGAUCCGUUCGAGGAUGCAGAGGACGACCCUUCCGCCGCUGCGAACAUGCGUGCUACGGCGGAGAACACCAAGAGGAAUUCGGCGGCAAGCUAUGUUCCCGACUUGGUCGGGGCAGAGACGUCUGCAGUGCGCUAUCCGGAUGGCCGACGCGGCUCGAUGAAGCUGGCGGAUGCGAUUUCGACACCGGUGCGUACUAGGGUGGUUGGGCCGAGGGCGAGCGAUGAGCUGCAGCGAGGUCCGACGGUACGGGCGGUGAGGCCGUCGAAUGGUCCCGUACCUGCUUCGCCCAUCAUCCCGGGUGCAGCGGAACGAAACGGAGCGGGUGACAAGGUCGACAACCCUCAAACACCAGUGCGAGCCAGCCGCGGCGCGGAUGCCGGUACAGCUCCUGCCUCUGCCGGUGCUGGACGGCCAUGGUCUGCCAACUCAGCGGCAUCUCGAGAAGGAGCAGCAGCAGCACCCUUCCAAGCACCUCAGUCCACCGUCACUCCCACUCGUGCCCGCCCCUCACACCGCCCCUCAGCCUCGGUCUCGCACCGCCGCAGCGACUCGUCUGGACAUUCAGGCGAAGCACCUGCCGUCUCAACGCCAUGGUCGCGCAUCCGGUCGCAAAACAUCACAGUGCGACCGGGCGAGCUGAUCCGCGUCUCUGCGCUUGCUGGCACCGCGGCCCCGCCCAUGGUCGGCGGCGCGCCCGGUUCACCAGGCAAGCGAUCUGGACGCAAGCUCAGCUACCACCCGGUGCUGCAGGACGAAAAGUACUUUGAGUACUACAACACCUGGCCCGAGUUCCUGCACUGGCUGCGGUGGGACGAGCGCAUGCAGGAGCUGUCGGGCACUGUUCCAGCCAAGUUUGGUCCCGUUCCAUUAACGCUCAAGCUGGCUAUCUUGGCAAGGCCGAUCGGGGGUGCACCCCCGAGUCCGAGCCCGAACUCGAGUCCGACCAAGUUUGGCGCACGCGCCAGAACGGGAUCGAAUGCUUCCGCUACUUCGACUACUGUAGGCGCGGCAGGCAGCGAGGAUGAAGUGGUGGCUAUCGUCGUGCUCAACAUCCAGAAGCUUGCCCCUGCUGCUGCCGUCAUCUAG